AUGGAUAUUACUGAAAGAUUUAGAUUUUACAAAUUAAAAGUUAUAAGGACAAUAGGAAAAGGUACUUAUGGAAAUGUUUAUUUGUGUGCGACAAAAGAAAGAAAAAAUUUGACGAUUGUGAAGGAUAUACAGCUAAAUAUUAAGGUUCAAAAUCAUAAUCAGGAAAUUGCUAAUGAAGUUAAAAUUUUAUCAAAAAUGAAUCAUCCCAAUAUAAUAAAAUUUUAUAAUUGUUAUUAUCCAGAUAAUCAUGUAAUGAUUUGCAUGGAAUAUGCAACUAGGGGAAAUUUGGCAGAAUAUAUGUAUGAACGAUGUCCAAAAUUAAUAAUACAAGAGGAGAUCUUAUUUUAUUUCAGUCAAGUUUUGUUGGGAGUGAAUUACAUACAUAACUUAGAUAUAAUUCACAGAGACCUAAAGGCAGAAAAUAUUCUUCUAACCGGAAAACAUGGUGUCAUAGUUAAAAUUGGUGAUUUUGGUAUUUCCAAAAUGCUAGCUAGUGCAAAGAAAACUUCAACAGUAAUUGGUACACCUUAUUAUCUUGCACCUGAACUUUGUGAGGGUAAACCUUAUGAUACCAAAAGCGACGUUUGGGCACUCGGUUGCUUAUUGUAUGAGAUGUGCACUCAUAAGCGUGCAUUUGAUUCGGAGAGCCUCGUGGGAUUAGUGAAAGUUAUAACCAGUGGUAGUGUACAUCCGAUUGACAUGACUGUCUACGACAGAGGUCUUCAAGACCUUAUAGACCUAAUGUUAUCUAUCGUACCUGACAAACGACCAACAAUAAAGGAACUGAUGGGUCGCUCUAUUUUGCUGCCGACAGUCUAUACAGUUUUUUUAGACGCCGGAAAUGAUGAGCUAUUACAUUCAAAAGCUUGUAAAUUAUUUAAAUUUAUGUAA